AUGGUAGCGAAAUCGGGGAUCCCAUUCACAAAUCUGUUCGUGGAUCAAACAUUGGAACAGCUAAUCAGAGAACUCAAGGUAGCGGGAGGGAUAACUGGCAUCACACAGAAUGCAGGUGCACUUGAUAGAUUUUUCUUGAUUGCCCCUGAGUUAAUCAAGCUAAUCAAAGAUUUCCACGAUUCUUACUGCACAAAAAGCGACCAACCAGCAACUAAGGAACAUUAUCAGCUGAGUGGCUCAAUGGCAGUUCGUAUGUUCAAUAACUCAGGCUUGAUCAAGAAAGGAAUAGUCAAACAUUGUGACGGGAAUCCAUUUUCACGUAAGAACAUUAAUCUAAUGAACCUGGUAUCUAAUAUGGAGGUACCAGAAAAUGCAAAGGACGACAUCCUUCUCAGAGAUGAAAAGGGGACAGAGAAAUUUGAAGAAUUUGUGUGUGAGCGGGUUGUUGCAUCCACAGCAAAGAUGUCGAUUUGGGAUCCAAUGAAGAAAAUCAAGCUGAAGACCUUUACUACAUGCAGGAAGAAGACACAAUGCAAAGUCGGAAACAAGCUGGUAAAGUUAAGGGAAGAUCGACAGCUAUUGACAAGAUUUCUCUUAGUUCAACAGUCACGGCCAAGUAUGAUCCAAUCUCUUAGCGACACUAUUGGUAGAUAUGAGUUUUCUGUCAUUCCCAGGUCACUUUUCUCCUCGGAUGGUCUUCUUCUUAUCCCAGCAGACAAGAGUUCUUUUGUGCAUGCCAUUGAAGAGUGCAGCAUAGAGCUAUCAAGUGAACAAAAUUCAACAUUCGAUGUACCCAGUACUGUCGAGAGUCGAAACAAGGUGUGCAUUAUUGAUGCCAUGGCCAUCGUCCAAGCUAUCAAGAAAGGUCCGUUGAUGGUAUAUUGUUCUGAUUUUGCUAACGCCUUUGUUCGGAGCAUCAAAAAGAUAAUAUCUGGGUAUGAGGAAGGACGCGUGAUCUUUGACAGAUACUUGGAGAACUCUCUGAAAGCUCAGACGCGUAGCAAAAGAUCUACUGGUAUUGAUCCCGUGAAGUUCGACAUUAACGAUGCAACAAAUAUCAAACUUGUACCUCUGAAAACCUUGCUUUCUCACAUUGAAACAAAAUCUAAACUGACAGAAUACUUGGGGAAAGCGGUACUUCGUGAAUAUGCAGACAGCAAUAAAAGUGUAGUGGUUGUCUAUGGAACCUGGACAUAUUGCAACAAACCGAAUAUCGUUGAUCCUAAUAUCAUUGAACACUCACACGAAGAGGCAGACACAUUGAUCCCAAUGCAUGUACUUGAUGCAUCGAAAACUGAUGGAGACACCCGAGAUAUAGAUGUGUAUUCACCGGAUACAGAUGUCUUCGUAUACUUGAUGGACUUGUUCUCGUCCAACAAUAUUGCAGGUCAUGUUCGGUUCAUUACUGGGAAAGGAAAAGCGAAGAGAACGAUUGACAUACGGACAAGAUGUGAAGCAGUUGGAACCGAGAAAAGUAAAGGUCUACUGGGCCUCCACGCCUUUAGCGGUGCUGACUGGGGAGGGAAAUUUGCAGGUAUAUCAAAGAGCAGGUGGAUAAAUCACUAUCUAACUUUGGAAUCAGAUUCCGAUGCAGUUGAUGCUUUUCAGAAAUUUGGCGAGGAUGAUUUUGACCAGGAAAGCGUGUCAGAUGUUCUAGAAUCAUUUGUGUGCGAGGUGUAUGCCAAGAAUAGCAAAUGCCGAAUACUUGGGGAACUGAGAUGGGAACUAUUCAGAACCAAGAAUCUUGAGUCGGAAAAGUUGCCACCCACACUUGGAGCACUGAAACCGCACAUUCAGAGAGCCAAUGCUAUAUCGGCAAUCAACAAAGGCUACAGAGAGCCACGCCCGCAAACACCACUACUGACUGAUAAUGGAUGGGAGACAAUAUCCGAUGGCACAAUUUCUCCAAAGAAAUGUCUUGAACCACCAGCACCUGAGUCGGUUGUAGAGCUUGUCAAGUGCGGAUGUCGUAGUGAGUGCAGUACAGCUCGUUGCUCCUGCCACAAGAAUAACUUACCCUGCACACCACUUUGCAAAUGUGGUGACUGCAGCAACGCUAGUGACUUUGACGUACCAGAUCAGGAUGAAGACAUUGAUGAAUAA